AUGGAUAUAUUUGCUCAAAGAGACGAAAUUCUUCAAAAUAUUUCAUUAGACAAUGAACAUUUAACAAAUAACAUUUCUAAUAAUAUUCCCACCAACUUGAAUGACUUAUGUGAAAACCUAGAAAGCCUCCUAAUUAAAGAACUUAAAAAUACUAUAGAAAUUAAAUAUACCCAAAAAUAUAUUGACAAUAAUAUGGUCCCUAGAGGAUUAAGGUUAAAGAAAAACUGUACCUUUACACUAAAUGAAGAACUCUCAAACGAAUGGUUUGAAACCCUUGAAAAUGCCUCUCUGGGACUAAUGAAAAUUAUCAUAAAAUCUAGAAAUCUGUUCCUUAAAGAUAUUAAAUCAGAAAUUGACUCACACAAAAACAAUCUCAAAUCAUUUGAGAACAACAUUGAAUUUACAAAUCUACAAAAAGAUAUUUUUAGCAAUAUCUCAAAAUUUAAAGACAACAUCAUAGAAACCAAACUUUCAAAAUAUCAAAGAGAUCUAAGAGAUUAUUCAGAUAAUAAACCGGAAACAGAUACCCCUAUAGAAACAGAAACUAACUAUGAUAUAGAAAAUAUAGAUAUAGAUACCACCACUAGUAAAAAAGAUUUAUCACAAAUUUUUGGUAAAAACAACCAUUAUACAAAUAGACACCCCAAAACAAAUUUUCCUCCAAAAAACAAAGAAAAAAACCACAACUAUCCCAACCAUAAUAAUGAACCUAUAAAAACCUUUUACAAACACUCUGAAAAUUCCAAUCAUAACCAGCAUCCUAACUAUUCAGACAAUCAUAGACAAAAUUCAAAUUAUUAUCAUACCAAUCAUAAAGAACAGAGAGAUAAUGCUUAUAACUUAAUGAGGUUUAAGGAAAACCGAAAUGACAAUGGUACACCAAAACACAACUAUCACCAACAAGAAAACGGAUACCAUGUUGAUAGAAGAGUAUAUUCACAUAACAACUAUGAUAAUGACAGAGAAAACAUCAGUAACAGAGAUAACUACAAUUAUAGUUGGAGAAACCAUAACUCUAGAAAUGUCUACUCUGGAAAUCCUAAUUUUAGAAAUUCUAACUUUAGAGAUACAAAUCGCACAAAUUACUACUCUAGAAACGGAGAAUAUAACACAAAUAAUAAUUAUCAUAGUCACCAGCAACAAAAUCAUUUCUCAUAUAGAUCACAAUCCAAUGACUAUAAUUAUCACAAUAGAAACUACUCCAAUAUAAAUCAAGAUUGGAGAGUACCUGUUAAAAAUAGAUUCCAACCACUAGAAACUAAUAUAGAACCAUUUUCACCUAUCCCAAAUCAAACACAUCAACAAGUUUUUUUAGGAAAGUCCCCUUCGGGGGAAGGAACCUCAAAAAACACAAAUUCUCCUACACUACCACAAAGAACUGUAAGAAACAAAAGAGGCUUAGAGGCAGAAGGGGCAGAAGAAAAUCCAGGCAAAACACCAAAAAGACAGAAAUAA